AUGAAGUGUCGAUCUAUGAAGUGUCGAACUAUGAAGUGUCGAACCAUGAAGUGUGGAACUAUGAAGUGUAGAACCAUGAAGUGUCGAACUAUGAAGUGUCGAACUAUGAAGUGUCGAACUAUGAAGUGUCGAACCAUGAAGUGUGGAACUAUGAAGUGUGGAACUAUGAAGUGUGGAACUAUGAAGUGUGGAACUAUGAAGUGUGGAACUAUGAAGUGUGGAACCAUGAAGUGUCGAACUAUGAAGUGUCGAACUAUGAAGUGUGGAACUAUGAAGUGUGGAACUAUGAAGUGUGGAACUACAUGUAUGAAGUGUGGAACUACAUGUAUGAAGUGUGGAACUAUGAAGUGUGGAACUAUGAAGUGUGGAACUAUGAAGUGUGGAACUAUGAAGUGUGGAACUAUGAAGUGUGGAAUGAUGAAGUGUCGAACUAUGAAGUGUCGAACUAUGAAGUGUCGAACUAUGAAGUGUCGAACUAUGAAGUGUCGAACUAUGAAGUGUCGAACCAUGAAGUGUCGAACUAUGGAGUGUGAAACUAUGGAGUGUGGAACUAUGAAGUGUCGAACCAUGAAGUGUCAAACUAUGAAGUGUUGA